AUGGCUGGCCCCACAGGAAUCCCAACCUACGCGUCCGCGCCCCUCAACUCCAACAACACAGACGCAACCACCCACGGCUCUACCUCACAGCCUGGACCCGCAACCGCAACAGAAACCGAGGCCUCCGCGACCGCGACCCCAUCGCAACCCGCCUCCACCUCUGCCACCGCAACUGCGCCCUCGUACUCACCCAUCUACACAACCGCGCAACCCGUUGACUCAUCCUCUGCCUCUGCCCAGCCCGGCGCAGCACCGAGCCUCGCAGCUCCAACAGCAACGAGCAUCGCGCAGCCGCCCCAGCCAGGCACAUCUUCUAAUUCUUCUUACUCCCUCAGCGCAACCCCAACAACCUCAACCUCUGGCUCUCCGCCUGCCCCCCAACCCGGCGCACAACCAGUCCCCACCGCAUCACUCGCACCCGCGCCUACAUCAUCGAUCCCCCCCACCCCCCAAAGCAGGAGAGCCUGUUUCGUCUACUACAGCUGCUGCGCAGCAGACACCAUACACCCAAUCAUACGCCUACCAACCUCCAUCCACAGCAACAACAACAAUAUCAACAAGCAAUCCCUCAAUCCCAAACUCCACCUCCGCCCCCUACGCCACCCUCUACCCAUCCACCUCUACUACUUCCUCUGCAGGCGCUGCGCAUCUCCCGCUGCACAAUACCAGUGCAGCCGGUGGUGGUGCGGCGAGUAUCUUCCCGGACGAGGAGCCCGGGGUGAUGGGCACGGCCAAGGCGUGGAUACAGACGGCGGGGACGAAGUUGGCGGAGGUGGAGGCGGAGGUGUGGAAGCGGAUUAA